AAAACAGAGCCUCUGUGUGGAAGCCCAGUCCCCCAAUCCCAGAGAGAGUUAGGUUAAGAGAGGUACCCACUUCUGUCCCACCCACGAGGCAGCAUCCGCCUCCACCCUGUGGAGCCAGGGAGAGGCCCUUGCUGCCCUCCCAGACAAGAAAGGGCAGUGAGAACUCUGUCAUCCAACAGAGAAGAACGCAGGGCCCACCUGCAGCUCCCAGGGUCCCACGGGGAUAGAAGGUCAAUUGUCCUCCUUUCUGGAAGAUGCCCUGGAAGGCUCUGAUGGCUCUGCUGCUUUUCUCCAGCACCCAGGCCACUGUGUCAUGCAGGUGGAACAGGGCUGCACUGUUCCCUGCUGCCCAGCGGCCAAAGAGGUCUUUGUCUCUGCCGUUGAAUCCAGUCCUGCAGACCUCCCUGGAGGAGGUGGAACUGCUCUAUGAGCUCUUGCUAGCUGAAAUUGAGAUCAGCCCAGACCUGAAGCUUUCCAUCAAGGAUGAGGAGCUAGCCUCCCUGCGGAAGGCCCUGAACUUCUACUCAGUCUGCAACGAAAUAAUCCCCAAGCGCAUCCCAGAUAUCCGCAGGCUGAGCGCCAGCCUGGCCAACCACCCUGGAAUCCUCAAGAAAGAAGAUUUUGAAAGGACGGCCCUGACCCUGGCUUACACAGCCUAUCGAACAGCCUUGUCUGAAGGGCAUCAGAAGGACAUCUGGGCCCAGUCCCUCAUCAGUCUCUUCCAGGCCCUGAGGCACGACUUGAUGAGGUCCUCAGGCCCUAGAGUGUCUUCCUGAGGGACUGGCUCAUGCUAAGACCUUGAAGCAGGCAUGGACACACACAGUCUUCCAGAACAUUCACCCUCUACUUCACUUAC